UUUGUCUUCAUAACAUUCUUUGCUGAGAAACGUCAGCAUUGAAAUGUGCCAACAGAAAGAUUUGGUUAUUACUAAACACAGGACCAUAUUCAGAAUACAUUACUCGAAAAAUAAUUUUCGUGUGUAUUUAUUUAUUAAUCAUGGCGUUGAUUGAUUAUAAAGUGAACAUAAGUGUUUCAAAUGUGCUAAAUCAAAGUGAAUUGACGGGUUUUUUUGAUUUGUACGAACAUUUUCAAGAAAAAGAGAAUCAACAAAUUGCUAAUUAUAAAAUAGUUGCAUAUAUAUUUGGGAUAAUAAUAUUUCUGAGCAAUUUGACUGUUGUCGUAUCUAGUGGGCUGAUUUUAAAAAAAGGCCAACAACCAAAGAGCACGUACCUGUUGCUCGGUAAUGUCUCCCUUGCAGAUGCUAUCACCGGCUUAUCCAUUAUGUUUGGUGUCAGCAUGGAAAACCUAAUUAAUUCCAAUCCAUUGUGUAUAUUUCAAAUCGGUAUGAUUGUUUGUCCAGCGAUGGUGUCGAUAUUCAGUGUCGGCCUUAUAGCCGUCGAUCGUUAUAUUUACAUCCUCCAUGGGCUUUACUACCAAAGGUGGUUCAGUACCACCAAAGUGAGAAUCGGCAUUCUUUGUUUUUGGUUAAUUGGUAUCACGCUGGGAUUUUUACCUGCCAUCGGCUAUGUCAACACUGAACUGAUACAUUCUCGUUGUUACUACGUCGCUUUGUUUCCUGGUGCAUUAAUCCUACUCAACUCCCUUCUGAGUAUAGUUCCUAUUAUACUUGUAGCCGUCUUAUAUAGCAUCAUAUUGGUGAAAGCUUUAAAAAAUGUAAAAGAAAUCAAUGCAACAGUCAAAAUUGUAAACUCAAGUAAAAGUAAAAUACCCGAAAUGAGAAUUAACAGAGGAAACGCAAAUUUAAAAAAAUCUGCUCAGUCGGUUAAACUACCACAUACGAAGAAAACAACUAAAAUUCCAAGAAGCGCAUCAUUCAAUGGAAGUUUAAACAAUAACCUUAAAGAUCAUCUACAUACACUAAACCAUAAAUCCAAAAGCAAUGACGAUCUUAGUGGUAAUAAAAUAAUGCAUAACAAUACUGUAGCAUUUGCAUUGGACAGUGAUAAUCUAAAAAAAUACGAAUCUGAUUUUAGUAUACAGUCUAUUCAUUCAAGUCACACAGAACAAAGUAAUGCCACGAACAGAAAAGAAUCGCGAUUAAAAGAUAUGAGAAGUCUUGAAAACGGCCAGCGGAGUAAAAAAACUAAAGUGAAAGAGCCAAAUAAAUGGCGUGCCAUAAGUAUUGUGAUGUUAACUUCAGGUAGUUUCAUUGUGACUUGGAUGCCAUUUUUCAUAACAGUAAUAUUUUUUGUUUUCUGUCAAGAGAAAGUAAAGAAUCCAAAGUGUAUACAUCUAAGAAUGUUGCUAGGUGGACCUCUAGCAACAUUGGCAUUUCUGAACAGUAUUUUAAAUCCCUUGAUUUACGCAUGGUGGCAUAAAGGUUUUCAAAGAUCCAUCAGAACACAUUUUCGCAGACAUCUUCAACGGUUUUUAGGAAAGACAUUUUAAAAUAGAUUAUUUGUUAAUAUCAAACUUAGCGAGCUCUCUGUUUAAAAGAAAAACAUUUAUAUAACUUAAAUAAUUUCAAUUAAUAAAACAAAUAACUUUUUUUACAUUAGUUUCUUGGUAAUUUUGUAUGAAGUUAAUUUCAUUUAUGAUGGUCAAAAGCAACAGCGGUACCUUUAUUGUUGAAGAUAUUGUAUCAGUAAAGAUCCUCAUAUCUUAUUGAUAACGAAAGCGUUCAAUAGCCUAUAUAAAAUUUAACUAAUCUAGAUGAUAAUAGUGAUCAAGAUACUACAUUUUCUAGUUCUUUCUGACAUCAUUGUGGAACUCCAAAGCUUUAUUUCAAGCUUUCAGAUAUCAUAUAAAGCCAUAAUUACUAUAAAAUUCAAAAAUAAAUUAAUACAAAUUAAACAAUGCAAAUUAUACAUCUUAGUAUUAACCUAGUCGAAUACGAAAACAUAGUGAUAUAUGAAAUUAGAUUUAUUACAUUAUUGAAAUAUUCCCAACUUAAAAGCUAGAGAGGCCAGAGAUAAGAAUAAUUAAUUAAGUACUAUUCCGAAAUCUUUUGGAAUUUGCUGAUUAAUAUGAAACCUCAUCACAAACUAUUUUUGUAAACCACUUAUUAUUUAGUAAAUAUAAAAAAAACAGUAAAACUAAACUAUGAGAACAAAUCGAAACUCAUUGUAUAUCACAAUCGUGAAAUGAAAUUGAUAUGCGAUAUUAAUUAUAAUAAUUAUAACGUUAAAGUAUACAUGCAACAAAAUAGAGUAUCACUGUAAGGUGUUCGACAUUUCACGAGUGAUAUAUGAAGUGAGUUCUUACAGAAUACACUGCUAGUCUUACUUAAGUCAUCGUCAUUAAUGUCAUUAUUAUAUAUAUUUUUUAAAUAUACAAUUCAACAUUA